AUGAUAUACAUGACUAGACUGGGGCGACGGAGCUUCUUGAAUGGUAUACCAACAUUGGCGACACCUGCAUCGGUCGCUCCGCUCGCGCCGACAUCCCUUACACGCAUACCCGAUACUCUCGCACCUACAUUCAUUCCAGAGUCGACUACACCGCGUUCGGACGUGCCUGACACCCACCAUUUAAUACAGCGCAAGAAGAACGGCGUACGGGGCGGCCAGAAUCUAUCGGAGCGGUGGAGGCGACUCGAGCGAUCGCUGCGCGGGAAAGAGGCGUUUGGUGCCCAUAGAGGCGCGCUAAUGGAGCAGAGGGAUUCAGCCGUUUCCCAGGCGAGAGGGAUUGUAGACAAGAAGAAACAUGGGCCUAGGAUGUUUCGUGGCCUCGUACUUCCCGAGGAGCCGAAAGAGCCUCAGUCCGAUGAAUGCUGCAUGUCCGGAUGCGCGAUCUGCGUGUACGAUUUGUAUACAGCGGCACGUGAAGACUACACUCAUGCUGUCGACGCCCUGCGUGUUGCGCUCGAUGCAAAAGGCGUGUCAGAAGAAGAGUGGCCUGCAGACAUACAGCGCACGAAGAAGAAAUCAAUGAAGCCCCAGUCGUCGCGCGACGUGAGCAUGAACACGUUCGAGGCGCUUGAGCGUGCGCUGAGGGAGAAGAGGGAGAGUACGGGGAUGGGACAGGAAGGGUCCGGCGGCAGAUCACCUGUUCGCCCUUUACAAAGCAAACAACCAGUACUGUUGGCAAGCGCUGCUGAUAUUUUGGAGGGUCUGCGGUGGUUGGUAUUCAGCAAUCGGUAG